AUGGCACGAGGGCCCGGAAAGGCCCGCGACUUCGAUUACUCCAACGUGGGAAAGACGGGGAGGCGCACCGGUAUCUCUCUCAAAGAGGGGCGACGCGAUGAGCAUGGAAUGGAAGAAGUGGACGGCCUCUUCUCUUCGCCUGAGAAGUCGCCAGCCGCGCUGCCUACAUUUGAGGAAAAUGCGGCCUCAUCUGGGUCGGAUGAAAUGUCAAUGGAUGAGGGCAAUGCGCCGGGUCCCAUGGACUUUCUCAAGAGUGCCAAUGGCCCACGGACCUCUUUUCUUUCCCCGUCCGCUGCGCGGUCACCGAUAAAAGCCGGCCUCACCAGGUCUCCGCACGGAUCCGCGUUGCGAUCAACCCCGGAACUGCAGGACAUUCACGAAUCCUCAAGUCCGUAUGAUAACCGCUCAGCUAGUGCCGAGGAAAACUCGCCACCGGAACCCUCUCCUCUGUCUACCCGCUCCGUAAAUGCAGGACGAUUCAAUCAGAAGAACGGCACAUGGAAGACAAAGGCUCAAAUUGUCGCAGAGUCCGAGCCUUCGGUGCUACCUGAUUUCUCCGAUGGCGACGGCGACGAGAAUGAUGAAAAUGACAACAAUGACGAGAAUGAUGAGAAUUCUGGCUUACAGCAAGAAUACGGCACCGGCUUUGAGGAUCCACGAGCUGGCGCAGAAGAGCCAACCCAAAAUGGACCUGAAGAUGUUUCUAUCAUUGACUUGGCUCCCCCAAGGACAGACGAGACUACAACCUCCAAGGCGAACAAGGGCGCUUCAAAGAAUGCCAAACCGGAUCAACCCUCGGCUAAACCCCGCGGACGCCCUCCGAAAACCCAGCGCCGUGACGGUGAUGGCGAUGUCGAUACGAGACCAACCAAGAGACAAAUGACGGCCAAAGUGGCACCGGCUGCCCGUGAACCGUUGGAACCAGAACUAGACCGUGUGGUGGACAAUUACGCCAACCGCACAGGCCCUUUGAAGGGCCGCAGUUUGUAUAUUCUCAAGCGCGAAAACCCCGAGGACACCAGUGCAACGCAUACUAGAUCUGGACGGGUAUCUGUUCGCCCUCUAGCCUACUGGCGGAAUGAACGUUGUGUCUUUGGUGAUGGGGAGGUUGCGGAGGGACAUCGCUAUCCCCUUUCAACCAUCAAAGAAGUCAUUCGAACCGAAGAGCAAGAACCUGAGAAGAAAAAAUCCAAGCGCGGUCGAAAAUCCAAGUCGAAGAAGUCAAAGAACGACUCCUCGGACGAGGAAGAUGAGGAUGCUGACCUCUGGGAGCAAGAAGGUGGUGUUCUCCAUGGCUAUGUUCAAAUGUGGGAUUCAAAAACACAGGCAUCUUCAAGGGAAGAAGAAGUUUUGGACGUUGCAUAUGCUCCAUCUGGUAUCGAAACACGGGAAGUCAAAGGCUCAUCGUUCCGGUUCGCAAAGCUUCUCAGUGGGACGUUCAUUGGUUCUGGAGUCGUGGAGCUUCCACCGAAAGGAGUGAAGAAACCCAAAAACUCGAAGAGGAUGCACAUGGUGUUCUACGUGUGCCACGGACGCGUGCAAGUAGACAUUUCAGGAAUCCAAUUCAGUGCUGGCAAGGGCUGCGUUUUCCAAGUACCUCGUGGCAACUAUUAUAGCUUUGCGAACAUUCAUAGCAAAGAAGUACGACUGUUCUUCACCCAAGGACAGCUCCCAGAGGAAGACGAGAACGAUACACAGCCCACUACCCCAGAAGGCGGUACUGAAAGUGAAAAUGAGACUGAAACUGCAUCCGCCGCUCCUGUUGCUGUUAAGAAGACCAAGGGGCGCCCUAAGGGCAAGGGCAAGAAGAAUGAGAAGCCUCCAACUCCUGAAGCUGGCAGUGAGAGCGAGAACGAGGCUGAAUCUCCGGCCGCUGCUCCCCCUUCUCAUCCUGUUAAAAAGGCAAAGGGACGCCCUCGGGGCAAGCAGAAAAAGACAGGUAAAUGA